UAAUGGACAUUCUCAAAGACCCUACAAAUGAUAGAUAAGUAAAGACUCUAAAGCCUCCUCCUCAUAGACCACUCUCAAAAAAUCUGAUGUUUCCAGAUAAAUUGAAAAGUACGUCACAACAUUAAAUUAUUUAGACAAACCUGAUUGGAAAUUAUUGAAAGAUCAUCUAUAAAAAGAAGGAAGAGUAGCAAAAGAAGAAUUAUUUAAAUUGGUUGCUGAUUGCAAUAAAUUAUUGAGUAAACUGACAUUUUGAUUGUUAGAAAAUGAGGGAAAUGUUCUAUAUUUGCAAGAUCCACUUACUGUUGUUGGUGAUAUUCAUGGGUAUAUAUAUAAAUUUAAAUAGAUAAUUUUAUGACUUACUUAAAUUAUUGGAACCCAAAGUUGGUGGCAACCCUGAGACAACAAAGUAAAAUAAUUUAACAUUAUUAGAUAUCUCUUUUUGGGAGAUUUUGUAGACAGAGGAUCUUAUUCAAUCGAAGUUGUCAUUUUACUUUAUGCGAUAAAAAUUAAUUAUCCCAAUACUGUUUAUUUUUUGAGAGGCAAUCACGAAUGUAGAUAACUGACAGCAUUUUUUAAUUUUAAAGAUGAAUGUACCUACCAAUAUUAUUAUAGGUCUAUAUAAAUAUGAUUAAGAAACCUAUGAAAUGUUAAUGGAUUCUUUUGAUCUAUUUCCAUUAGCAUGUAUAAUAAAUUCAAAAUUUAUUGCAAUUCAUGGCGGAAUCUCACCUGAUUUAAAAUCAGUAAUAUUUUGGGUUAUUUUUUAGAUUGAAGACAUAAAAAAAUUAGAUCGAUAUCAUGAACCACCUCGUAGCGGUCUCUUUUGUGAUUUACUAUGGAGUGAUCCAGUAGAUCAUGAUUAAGGAAACAUGGAUGGAUAAUGGAAAAGCAAUGAAGUUCGUGGAUGUAGUUGGUUCUUUGGGAUUGAAGCAAGUAUGAAGUUCUUAUAAAGAAAUAGUCUUAUAAGUAUCAUAAGAGCUCAUGAAGUAAUAGAUUUAUAUAUUUAAAUAGGCAUAACUUGAUGGAUAUAAAAUGCAUAGAUGGAAUGGCGGAUAAGAUUUUCCAGUUGUAAUUACUAUUUUCAGUGCACCAAACUAUUGUGAUGUUUAUAACAAUAGAGGAGCAGUGAUAAAAUUCGAAGUAAGAAUUAUUUAUUAAAAUUAUAGAACAAUACUCUAAAUAUUUAAUAAUUUUAAUAUACUCCACACCCAUAUUUACUUCCAAAUUUUAUGGAUAUAUUUACUUGGUCAAUACCUUUUGUGGCUGAGAAAAUCACUGAAAUGCUUUACAAUUUAAUUUAAGCAGGUGAUCAAGGAGAUGAUGAAGAUGAUGUUAAUUAAGAAGAUAUUGCACAAUUUAAAUAAUUAACUAAUUAAAAUAAGCAAUUUAAUAAAUAAUAAUCAGGUGGUUCGAGUGGAAAAGGUAAUUUAUUAUUAUUAUUAUUAUUAAUAAAAUAGGUACAGAGAAAUUGAAAAGUAAACUAAAAUUCGUAGCAACCAUGAUGAAGCUCCAAAAAACACUCAGAGAAGAAAGUGAGAGUGUUAUGAAAUUGAAAGGAGCUUGUCCAGAUAAAAGAUUACCUAAAGGUAUACUAUCAGCUGGUAAAACUGCUAUUUCUGAUGGUAUUUUGAUUAAUAAUAAUUUUAGCACUUGCUGAUUUCAAUGUUGCUAAAACUGCUGAUAUAGUUAAUGAGAAAAUGCCAGCUCAAGCAUAAAUUCCUUAAUAAUCUAUAUCAAUAAAAAAACCCAGUAAUAAUACACCUUAGCCCAAGAAAAAAUGAG